UUUUCGACUUCCUGAACAACCUCCAAUUGACAACUUGUAUACCUGAAGACACUUGUGACAUACACAAUGGCCGCCACAAAAGUAGCUCUCAUCACCGCCAGCUCAGCAGGUCUGGGUGCGCAGAUCGCACGCGUCUUCGCGCCAGACUUCCGAGUCGUGAUCAACUACUCUUCCAACUCAGAACGCGCCCAAACCCUCAUCAAAGAGCUCAAUGCCAUCCCCAGCACAACCUCCUCGAGUGAACCACGCUUCCACCUCGUUCAAGCCGACAUGUCCUCAAAACCGUCGGUAGAAAACCUUGUCAGGGAGACACUGGACAAAUUUGGGCGUCUGGAUGUCGUUGUUUCAAACGCUGGCUGGACGCGCAUGACCACCUUCACAGACAUCGAGCAGCAAGUCAACGAAGAAGACUGGGACAAGUGCUUCGUCAUGAACGUGAAGACACACUUGUGGCUGGCCUACGCUGCCAAGAACGCUCUGGCUGAGACAGAGGGCACAUUCAUCUCCACCGCUUCUGUCGCAGGAGUCAAGCCGAGUGGGUCGAGCGUGCCGUACGCGGUGACCAAGGCGGCACAGAUCCAUUUAAUGAAAAGCUUGGCUGUAAUUCUGGCGCCGAAGAUCAGGUGCAACUCGAUAUCGCCUGGUAUGCUGCUUACGGAGUGGGGGCUGAAGUUCCCGGAGGCGAAGAGGAAUGCGGCGAUCAACAAUACGAAGUUGAAGAGGCUAGCGACGGUUGAGGAUUGCGCAGAUCAGGUGAGGGUGUUGGCGCUGAGCAGGAGUAUUACUGGGCAGAACAUCAGUAUCGAUGGUGGGUCGUCGGUGUGAAGAUUUGGAUGUAGAGACUAGAAUGGGGCCUUUCU